CUAUAGAGAUGUGCGGCUGCCUGGAGCUGCGAGUGCCGAACCAAUACAAGGCGUUAUCGGGCGACCUGGUCGUCAGUCUGCACGGACUGGUCGACGCGGACCGUCCAGCGCGGGUCGAGCUACUAGAACAGGACGCGGGAGACGCCGGAGGCGACACGUUCCCGUUCACUGUGAUGGGAUCGGUGCCGGUACCUGCGCCGGACAGGUUGCCGGAUCCCGCACCGGCCGCCGUCCGGGUCACGUUCCCGUGUGGAGUGGUGACGCGCGGUGGACGAUACAUGGUGCGCUUGCAACGGGAGCGGGCCGGCAACCGGACGGCAGCUGAUGAACAGAGUACUGAAGAGGGGCCACAUGCUAACGAGAUUGACAUGGUUGAGCUGGAGGUGAGAUGGCCAGGAGCCAGACUUGGCCUGGAGCCGCCAGCUGUGCCGACCUACCCGGAAGACCAGGUGACAGCCACCGUGCAGUUCGAGGAGACCGCCUGCCAUCCGGCCAUUGGCUCACUGCUGCCUGAAACAUGGCUGCAACUCAUCUACUGCGGUCACUCUGUACACAGCUGCUCCAACUCCUCUCACAGACAGAUUGUCUACUCGGAACAAAUACGAGGCUACCCACGACUGAGAGUCAUGGAGCUGAAAUGUCAUCUGUUCGGGCUGGCUGGACAUUACUCACUGGCGCUGCAGCCGAGAAUAGCGGCCAAAGGACUUCCUUUAGCCACCUCCCCCUUGCAUCACACGUUGAAG